CAUUGUGUGAUGUAAUCCUCAUGGUCCAGGACAGAAAGAUCCCUGCACAUCGUGUUGUCCUCGCUGCAGCCAGUCAUUUCUUUAACUUAAUGUUCACCACUAACAUGCUUGAGUCGAAGUCCUUUGAAGUAGAACUUAAAGAUGCUGAACCUGACAUUAUUGAACAACUUGUGGAAUUUGCUUAUACUGCUAGGAUUUCUGUGAAUAGCAACAAUGUUCAGUCUUUGUUAGAUGCAGCAAAUCAGUACCAGAUUGAACCUGUGAAGAAAAUGUGUGUUGAAUUUUUGAAAGAACAAGUUGAUGCUUCAAAUUGUCUUGGUAUAAGUGUGCUUGCAGAGUGUCUGGAUUGUCCUGAACUAAAAGCAACAGCAGAUGACUUUAUUCAUCAGCAUUUUACUGAAGUUUACAAAACUGAUGAAUUUCUGCAACUUGAUGUAAAACGAGUAACCCAUCUGCUCAACCAGGACACUCUCACUGUGAGGGCAGAGGAUCAGGUUUAUGAUGCUGCAGUCAGAUGGUUGAAAUAUGAUGAACCUAAUCGCCAGCCAUUUAUGGUUGAUAUCCUUGCUAAAGUCAGGUUUCCUCUUAUAUCAAAGAAUUUCUUAAGUAAAACAGUACAAGCUGAACCACUUAUACAAGAUAAUCCUGAAUGCCUGAAGAUGGUGAUAAGUGGGAUGAGGUAUCACCUAUUAUCUCCAGAGGACAGAGAAGAACUUGUAGAUGGAACAAGGCCUCGAAGAAAAAAACAUGAUUACCGCAUAGCUUUGUUUGGAGGCUCCCAACCACAAUCUUGUAGAUAUUUUAACCCAAAGGAUUAUAGCUGGACGGACAUUCGCUGCCCCUUUGAAAAGCGAAGAGAUGCAGCAUGUGUGUUUUGGGACAAUGUAGUGUACAUUUUGGGUGGCUCUCAGCUUUUCCCCAUUAAACGAAUGGACUGCUAUAAUGUUGUGAAGGACAGCUGGUAUUCCAAACUGGGCCCUCCAACACCUCGAGAUAGUCUUGCUGCCUGUGCUGCAGAAGGCAAGAUUUAUACAUCUGGAGGCUCAGAAGUAGGAAAUUCAGCUUUGUAUUUAUUUGAGUGCUAUGACACAAGAACCGAAAGCUGGCACACCAAGCCUAGCAUGCUGACGCAGCGCUGCAGCCAUGGCAUGGUAGAAGCCAAUGGCCUCAUCUACGUUUGUGGUGGAAGUUUAGGGAAUAAUGUUUCUGGGAGAGUGCUUAGUUCCUGUGAAGUGUAUGAUCCUGCCACAGAAACAUGGACUGAACUAUGUCCAAUGAUUGAGCCCAGGAAGAAUCAUGGGCUGGUAUUUGUAAAAGACAAGAUAUUUGCUGUGGGUGGCCAGAAUGGCUUAGGUGGUUUGGACAAUGUGGAAUAUUAUGAUAUUAAAUUAGAUGAGUGGAAGAUGGUAUCACCAAUGCCAUGGAAAGGUGUAACAGUGAAGUGUGCAGCAGUUGGCUCUAUCAUUUAUGUCUUGGCUGGUUUUCAAGGUGUAGGCAGAUUAGGACACAUCCUGGAAUAUAAUACUGAGACAGAUAAAUGGAUAGCCAAUUCCAAAGUCCGUGCUUUUCCAGUCACAAGUUGUUUAAUUUGUGUGGUUGAUACAUGUGGAGCAAAUGAAGAGACCCUUGAAACAUGAAAAAACAAGGGGACUUGAAAACUCAGCAGAGACUCAAAAAUAUAACCACCACAGCUUUGUUCCAAGAGUUUUGGUUACAAAGUUCUGGAUUGGUAUUUUGGUAAAGGGAGUUUCAAGUGAGUGAAGGAAGAUCCUAUAAAAUAUUUCUUUUAUAUGGAUUUCCUACUUAAUUCAAAAAUUAUAUUUAACUGGCUACCUACCCAAGAACAUAUUAGCCAGAAAACUUGGAAAAUGAUAAGCAUUUUUCAGUGAGUUUCUUAAACAAAUUUCUGAUUUGGCAGAGUGGGGGAUGCUCAUCAGUGAAACAGCCUCAUCUUAGCUCUAGAUUCUAUAUUCCUAUGUCAUAUACGUGCUCUGUAGUUAAGUCUGUCUGUUUUAUUCAGUCAAUCAAGAACUAAGAAGUAAGCCAGAUGUGGUGGUGCUUGUAAUCCAAGAAGCUCUUGGGAAGCUGAGGCAGGAAGAUCCUGAGUUUGAGGUCAGCCUGGGCUACAUAGCAAGACCCUGUCCCAAAAACCAACAAAGGAACUAAGAAAUAGUAUAUGAGUUGUAUUCAAGAUGGGAGCAGUUGACAGUCACCUCAUUUUGCUCAUCUUCAUUUGUUUCAUUUAGUGCCAAAUGUAUGCCUUUUUUAAUUAUAACCAUACCCAUGCUCCAUAAAGUGUAUUUAAUCCAAUCUAUAUUUUCAACAUAAAUGUUAAGCUUAGCUCCCAACAUUAAUAUAUAUGGUUUUAUUUAGUUUAAAAAGUGUUCUGGCCAGGCAAUAGUGGCUCAUGCCUGUAAUCCUAACUAUUCAGGAGGCUGACAUCUGAAGAUCACAAUUGGAAGUAAUCCUGGGCAGGAGAAAUCCAUAAGAUCUUAUCUCUAAUUAACCACCCCAAAAAAACCAUAAGUGGAGUUGUGGUUCAAGGUGGUAGCCUUGAGCAAAAGUUCAGGGACAACACCCAGAUCCCAAGUUCAAAUGCCGCACCCAACUACCCCUCAAAAAAAACAUGUUCUAUGCCUUUAGUCCUCAAAUAAAAGCCACUCAUAAUAAGAAUGAUUAGCCAGUAAAAGAUAAAACUAUUUAUAGGAAGCUUCUUGGAAAAGCACUGCUCAUUUGAAAAGCACUGGUAGUUCCACCACAGUCAGUGUUGACUUUAAAGUUUUGUUUUUAGCAGUAAUAAGGUAUUUUGACUCAUGGCUUCGCACUUGCUAGACAGGCACUUGUUGCUUGAGCCACACUUCUAGACCUUUUGCUCUGGUUAUUUUUAAGGUAGGGUCAUAUUUUUUGCUCACUCCAGCCGGGACUGAAAUCUCCUACCGAUGCUUCUCAGCACAGCUAUGAUUACAGGCCUACACAACCAUGCCUGAUUUUUUUUCUGUUGAAAUUGGGUCUCCAAAAGUUUUGGGAG